ACCUCAGACAAGAACGUCAUAACGUUUUCAAUAUCAGCUGUUACCUAUUUAUAAACAAACUUUAAAUCAUUGUGUAAUUUUUAGUGAAUGUAAUUUGUAAUUUAUUAAUCGAACGACGGCCUGGUGGAUUAAAGUUUUAUCGGGACAAGGAGAAAGUUAUAGACCCUCGGAAUGAUAAAAUCAAUCGUACAGAAUAUCUUCACGAUAAGAUCUGUACAAAGAACUAUGGUCAAUGCAUACUGCUUAAGCACAAAUAUCUGCUGGAGUUGCAACAAACCUUUGGUGAAAACGAACAAAUUUUUCUGUGUUUCAUGUGGCUCGCUACAAAAGGUUGAAAAUGAGGACUUUUUCAAUUUACUAGAUGUUCCUAAGACAUUCGCGGUAAACAUGUCGGUGUUAUCGACAAACUUUCGAAGGUUACAAAGCAUUUUGCAUCCUGAUAAAUUCAGUCAGAAGUCAGACAAGGAAAAAUUGAACUCUCUCGAGUGGAGCUCACUAGUCAACAAAGCGUAUAAAACUUUGAAUGUACCUCUAGAACGUGCAACGUAUAUUUUACAUCAAAAGGGAAUCCUAAUCGAUGAAGAAAAUACUUCUGUCGAUCCUGAGUUUUUAUCGGAUAUGAUGGACAUAAAUGAACAGGUGGAAGCAGCUGAGAACGUGGCCGAGCUAGAAGCAAUUGCUUCGAAUUUAAACAGUGAUGUCGAUCAUCUCUACACUGUGUUAUACGAAUAUUUUGAUACAAAUGAUUUAGAUAAAGCAAAAUCAACUCUAGUUCGGUUAAAAUAUUUGCUGAACAUUGAUGGAGUUAUAAAAGAAAAGCUGUUGAAAUAUAAGUUGCAGUAAUUGCA